AUGUCCAACACCAAGGACCUUGACAACGACUUCAAGCCUUCCGGACUUAUAGAUGAACACCCCGAAAAGAUCAUCGACCAGUCAAGCGGUGAAUUGGAAGAAUUCGACGAUGCGAUGUCAACCAAGCUUCGAUGGAAGCUAGAUUGCUACCUUCUUCCCCUCCUAUGCGUCACUUACGCUCUGCAAUCUAUUGACAAGACAACUCUGGGCUAUGCGGCAGUCUUUGGACUCCAGAAAGACCUAAACCUAAAGGGCACCGAAUACUCUUGGCUUGGAUCAAUUUUUUACUUGGGCUAUCUCGUUUGGGAGCUUCCAACGAGCGUUAUGCUACAAAAGCUUCCUAUUAACUAUUUUAUGUCCGCCACAGUCAUUAUAUGGGGUAUCGUUCUGAUGUGUCAUGGAGCUGCCUUUAAUUUCGCUGGAGAAGCGGCUGCACGCACGUUUCUAGGUGUCUUCGAAUCUUCAAUUAACCCUGGUACUAUGCUCUUCUUUUCUAUGUACUAUAAGCGUGCGGAGCAGCCUCUGCGCAUGGGUAUAUGGAUUGGCUCUGCUGGUCUCGGCUACGUGAUAGCAGGUAUUGCUAGCUUUGGUAUUGGCCAUAUUCAAAGUUCUAUUGCUAGCUGGCGCCUCCUAUAUAUCAUAUGGGGAGCAAUCACUACAGCAUGGGGACUUCUUUUACUUAUAUUGUUGCCAGGAUCACCGCUUAACGCAAAGUUUCUGAGUGAAACUGAGCGUACUUUGGCUAUUGCUAGAGUGAAAGAUAAUGGAACUGGUAUUGAGAACAAAAAAUUCAAGUGGCCACAGUUCUGGGAGGCAAUGAUGGACCUCAAAACAUGGCUGCUUUUUCUUUUUGCUGUGACUAGCAACUCACCAAACGGUGGUUUGACAACAUUCCAAGGAUUGAUCAUCAAGGGUAUGGGAUUUUCAACUUUAAGCACUACGCUUAUUCAGAUGCCUUCUGGCGGCGUCCAGCUUGUCUUCUGCUGUGCUGCAUGUUAUUUCGCCUCUCGUUAUCCUAAUACCCGAAUCAUGAUUAUGCUCCUUUGCAUUAUACCGUUCCUCGCUGGUACUAUCGGUCUUUGGACAAUCGAUCAGUCAAAGCCGUAUGGGCGGCUUGUAUGCUUAUGGAUUUCUUUUGCAUACACUGCCGCAUGGUCUCUUUCGAUGUCAGUCGCAACCGCGAAUACAGCAGGUCAUACAAAGAAAAUAAUCACAAAUGCUAUGCUCAUUAUCGGGUACUGCCUGGGCAAUUUUGUUGGCCCAUUCUUCUUCAAAACCAAUCAGGCACCAAGGUAUAAUCUUGGCAUUGGAAUGAUGUUCUUCUGUGUCGGCAUUCAAGUCAUUUGCCUCAUUUCAAUCUGGGUACUUCUCUGGCGGCGCAAUUGCUCCCGCCGAGAGAUGCAUGCCAGUAUGGAGAACAAAGAUAUUCGAGCCUUAGCGGCUGAAAAAGCCUUGCUCGAUGAAACCGACCUCCAGAAUCAAUAUUUCCAGUAUGUAUAUUAG